GCACGGAUCAGACAGAUUAGUGGCUCCGAGUGUGUGAGCGUGCGUCGUCUCUCCGCGCUUACUGCUUACUACGCUUUGGAUCAGGAGCAGAUUGGACUUAUAUACAUGCUGCUUGGGAGCACUACACAGUGUUGGAUUAUACUCGUUUUCGGGCUUUUUUGCACUAUUUCAACUAUUUCAUCUCCUGCUGAACAGUUCUGAAGCUUAAUACAUGCUAUCAUGCCGAUGAGUAGUAGUCUGGCGUGGAAGAACUACGAUUACGAUUACGACUCGGUGCAGCCGUACUUCUACUGCGACAACGAUGAGGACUUUUACACUCAGCUGCAGCACGGCCAGGCUCCCAGCGAGGACAUCUGGAAGAAGUUCGAGCUCCUGCCCACGCCGCCGCUUUCCCCGAGCCGGCGGCCCUCCACAGCCGAGCAGCUGGAGAUGGUGAGCGAGUUCCUCGGUGACGACGCAGUCAACCAGAGCUUCAUUUGUGACUCGGAUUCAUCGCAGGCUUUCCUCAAGUCCAUCAUCAUCCAGGACUGCAUGUGGAGCGGCUUUUCUGCGGUCGCCAAGCUCGAGAAGGUGGUGUCCGAGAAGCUCGCGACACUGCACGCGGCACGGAAAAGCCUGUCCAUAUCAGCCAGCAGUGAUGCAGCGGACAGCAGCGGGGUCUAUUUGCAAGAUCUUAGUGCGUCGGAGUGUAUCGAUCCGUCUAUGGUUUUCCCUUAUGCGCUUACGGAAUCGCCCAAGUGCGCAAAACUGACAGCGCCUCCGGAUCACGCGCCGCCCUUAGACACUCCGCCCAACAGCGGCUGCAGCAGCGAUUCAGAUGACGAAGAAGAGGAAGAAGAAGAAGAUGAGGAAGACGACGAGGAGAUCGAUGUGGUGACUGUGGAGAAGCGUCAGAGGAGGAGCGAGGCAGAGGCAAAUGAAUCCAGGCAGCCCAGUCCGCUGGUGUUGAAGCGCUGCCACGUCUCCACACAGCAGCACAACUACGCCGCCCAGCCGUCCACGCGGCAUGAACAUCCAGUCAGCAAGCGCCCACGCCUUGAAGCCUCCUCCACAGCCCAUGGUAGCAACCGGUACAGCAAGCCAAGGAAGUGCACAAGUCCACGCACGUCAGAUUCAGAGGACAACGACAAGCGAAGGACACACAAUGUGCUGGAACGUCAGCGCCGCAAUGAACUCAAGCUAAGCUUUUUCGCUCUGCGUGAUGAGAUCCCAGAGGUAGCCAACAACGAAAAGGCCGCCAAGGUGAUGAUCCUGAAGAAAGCAACAGAGUGCAUCCACAGCAUGCAGGCAGAUGAACGCAGGCUGCUGUCCAUCAAAGAACAGCUGAGGAGAAAGAGCGAACUGUUAAAACACAGACUACAGCAGUUACGAAGGUCCCAACUAUAAAAAAGAGACUUUAAAGAAAACAAAGCUUACAGACUUUUAAGAACCGUUUCUCCUCAUUUUUUAUGCAAGUUGUGCAUAUUGUGAUUUUGUUUUUGUUUUCGUUUUGAACAUUGUCAGAUUUUAUGUUUAAAGCUGCCUCAUUUUUCAAGUGGUGGACUAGUAAAGUAAAAUAAUUUGUAUUUAAGUCAUUUAUUUUUAUUAAUAAAACAAAAAAAACACAGGAAGUUGUGGCUCUGACAAAAUAAUUUGUAUUUUUUGUAUAUACCGAAUUUCAUAAAAAAGUGUAUUUUUUGAUCUUUAUUGUCUGAGUGUUCUUCAGACAGCGUUUUUUUCUUUAUGUUUUUUCUUUACCAUAAAUUCAUUUUUUCUGAAAACGUUGUGUUCUGUAUUGUGUUUUUAACAUUUUAUUUCAACAUAAACAGCUCACAUCAGUCGGCUGCCCUUCCUUAAAUAUGUGUUUCUCAGCAUUACACCACAACAGUGACAUAAUUAUUUUUAAAGGUGAAAAAGUUAAACAUAACUUUAUAUUUCUAUCGAAACUAAGAUAAGAGAUUUGUAGGUACAUGAUUCAUCCAGAUAAGUGUGCAAAGUUGAAGAGCGGCUUAUCAUAAGGAAGAAGAGGGUGCACCUUUAUAGAUGUCUGAGCACUGCACGCACACAGCAUGGAAUCUG